CUGUGGGGGAGUAAUGUCGAUAAAGAUAUAUUUGAGGCAAGCAAAAGGAAAUAGUGCAGAGAAAAAGGAGGCGGGUUAGCCAGAAAGAGGAAGAAGGAGAAAUAGAGCAGUAUAUAUACAGUGCCAAUACAGGGGUAUUGAAAGUGCCUCAUUAGGACGUAUAUAUACCAAUGUCUUACUAUGGGGCAGAACCAAGUGUCCUACAACAUGGUCUAUUCAUAGAGAGAGGAGACAAGAAGCAAAAUGAGAGAGAUGGAGAAAAAAAGAAAAAAAGAGGAGAAGACAGGUGGAGAAAAAAAAUGUGAAGAGAUAUGGAAAAAAAGGGAAAAAAAGAUGAGAAGAGAGAGAAAAAAGGGGGGAAAAAAUGAGAUGGAGAAGGACAACAUACGUAGGUGGAAAGAAGAGAAGCAAGCGGAGAAGGGGCAGGAAAGAAAAAUG